AUGGAUAAGACGUGGAUUUGGCUUCCAAGGAAUAGCCACGAGUAUUCAGAAGGAGCAACUAAUUUCGUGAAUUCGUCAGCAAGAAGAUUGGGAAGUCUUCUUGAAAUGCUAUGCCCUUGUAGAGACUGCCGCAAUCUGAGCCAUCAGUCACUGGAUAAAAUUGUGGAGCAUUUGGUGAUUAGGGGUAUGGAUAAGAAGUAUAAGAGUUCUCGUUGGAGUAUUCAUGGUGAAAAAAGAGAUUCUGCAGAAGACAGUGUACUUCAAUGUGAAACAGAGGCAUUUGAUUUGUUUAAGACAGCAUUCUCCAUGGACGAAGGUGGUCCAAACCCGACAACUGACAACGAAGAUGAUGAAGCACCAGAGGAACUUGAGUUUACAAAAAAGCUAAGAGAUGCUCAAACGCCAUUAUACUCGGGUUGUCUCAAGCACACAAAGGUUUCAGCUAUCAUGGGACUUUACAGAUUCAAGGUUAAAAGUGGUGUGUCGGAGAACUACUUUGAUCAGCUGUUGGUUUUCGAUUUGCUAGAGACAAUGAAGGAGUACGAGAACCUACAAAGCUGUCCAAGAUGCAAAGUUUCAAGAUGGGAAAUGGAUAAGCACAGUAAUGAGAUAAAGGUGGGGAUUCCGGCAAAGGUCCUAAGAUAUUUUCCAAUCAAGGACAGGUUUAGGAGGAUGUUUAGAUCAAAGAGGAUGGCUGAAGAUCUGCGUUGGCACUAUACCAAUGCCACUGAAGACGGUACAAUGCGGCACCCCGUUGAUUCUAUCUCUUGGGCACAAGUGAAUGCUAAAUGGCCAGACUUUGCUGCUGAUCCACGGAAUCUUCGACUUGGGAUUUCCACAGAUGGGAUGAACCCUUUCUCCAUGCAAAGCACCAAUCACAGCACAUGGCCAGUGUUGUUAGUGAACUAUAACACGCCUCCAACCAUGUGUAUGAAGGCUGAGAAUAUAAUGUUGACUUUGUUGAUCCCUGGUCCUACUGCUCCUGGUAAUAACAUAGAUGUUUACCUAGCACCACUGAUAGACGAUCUAAAAGAUUUGUGGGCUGAGGGUAUUGAAGUGUAUGACUCAUUUGCGAAGGAGAAUUUUAAUCUCAGAGCCUUGCUGCUUUGGAGUAUCAGUGACUAUCCAGCCUUAGGAACACUGUCUGGAUGUAAAGUAAAGGGGAAACAAGCCUGCAAUGUAUGCGGAAAGGAUACACCUGCAAGGUGGCUUAAGUUUAGCCGCAAGUUUGUCUACAUGGGUAACAGAAGGAGACUACCGCCUGGCCAUCGUUACAGAUAUAAAAAAGCUUGGUUUGACAACACUGUGGAGGAAGUGAAUGCGAAUAGGAUACAAACAGGCGCUGAGAUAUAUGAAACACUACAAGCUUUUACGAAUGAUUUUGGUAGACCUCUAGAGAAGGAAAAAAAAAGGAAAAGACUAGAGUUGGAAGAUGAUGAGAGGGUAGUGGAAGAAGAGUGUGAUGAAUCAAAUGAACUAUGGCGGUGGAAGAAGAGAUCAAUAUUCUUUGAUCUACCUUACUGGAAGGAGUUACCUGUUCGUCACAAUAUUGAUGUUAUGCACGUAGAAAAGAAUGUGUCUGAUGCUAUAUUGUCUCUGUUGAUGCAAAGUGCGAAGUCAAAAGAUGGGUUGAAAGCAAGAAAAGACUUAGAAGAUAUUGGAAUCAGAAAGCACUUGCACACAGAGGUGAGGGGAAAGAAAACAUACUUACCUCCUGCUGCCUACUGGUUAUCGAAGAAAGAGAAGACCAUUUUUUGCCAAAGGUUAGCUAAGUUUAGAGGUCCUGAUGGUUAUUGUGGUAAUAUUGCGAAUUGUGUUUCAGUUAACCCUCCAAAUAUUGGUAGUUUAAAGUCGCAUGAUCAUCAUGUCCUAGUACAGAACUUGUUACCAGCUGCAUUAAGAGGGUUGUUACAUAGGGGUCCUAGGAUAGCCAUAAAUAGAUUAUGCAGUUACUUCAAUAGGUUGUGUCAGCGCAUCAUUGACCCAGAGAAACUUAUAUCCAUGGAAACAGAGUUUGUGGAAACAAUGUGUCAGCUGGAGCGCUUCUUCCCUCCAGCCCUUUUUGAUAUCAUGUUUCACCUACCAAUACAUCUAUCAAAAGAGGCACGCUUGGGAGGACCAGUUCACUUCCGCUGGAUGUAUCCCUUUGAAAGGUACAUGAAAACACUAAAGGCUUUUGUGAAGAAUUAUGCAAGGCCAGAAGCAUGUAUGGCUGAGGCGUAUUUGGCUGGAGAAUGCGUUGCAUUCUGUUUAGAGUUCCUUAAAGAUUCAGUACCAGUUCAAGAAGCAGUUAAUCGUAAUGAAGAUGUCGAGACUGACACAAUGGUGGUUGAAGGCCGACCUCUGCAGAAGGGUAUAGAGGUUACCCUUUCAGAUAAAGAUAGAGACAUUGCACAUCGCUAUGUGCUAAUGAACAUGGCAUCUUUGGAUCCAUUUCUUGAGAUGCAUUUGGAAGAGUUGCAAGCAAAGGAUGCUCGAUUGGCUAGAAAUGAAACUUUGUUAUGGAAAUACCAUACUGACCACUUUGCAGAAUGGCUUAAAAAUAAGAUUCAUUCAGACUCAACAGAUAGUCAUUCUAAGGAGAUAAGGUGGUUGGCAUUUGGGCCAAGAAAUGUUGCUUUAGCACAUAAAGGAUUCAUCAUCAAUGGCCAACGGUUUCAUACUGAUGCGGUCAAGCUGAAGACACAAAACAGUGGAGUAACUUAUGAAGCCUUUAGCAUGUGUAGAUCAAGUGCUCGAGAUAUGAGACAGGUCGCGGAUAUGAUUACAUACUAUGGAGUGAUAAAGGAGAUUUUGGCAAAAACAGCGAAUGGUGUGAAGGAAGAAGAUGGCUUCACUCUUGUUAACCUUCAUAUGAACCAAGCAGCCUAUUUGAAAGAUCCAUUCAUUCUACCUUCUCAAGCAAAACAGGUUUUCUACUCUAGGGAGGAUGAUGCUUCAAAUUGGUAUGUUGUUAUGAGAGCACCACCUAGAGGUUAUCAUGAGUUGGAAACAGAAGAGGAUUUAGGUGGUGCUCCUUUACCUGUCCAAGAAGUUGAUGAUAUGGGUGAUGAAGCUUCAGAUGAUGAUAGUGUUUAUGUUAGGGAUGAUUGUGAAGGUUUAUUAGUGGUAGAUUAA